GACAUCACGGAGAGGACCGCCCAGAGCACUGCUCAACCAUCCAGCAUGCCAGAGGCCUCGGAGCUAGUGCGGCGCUACCUGCAGCCCUACGUCCUCUCCGAGACAAGGCCCGCCACGUCCCAGGAGGUCGACUCGUACAUCGCCGACCAGCUGUGUGUGAGCCCCACUGCGGUGAGGGACGAGCUCAAGAAGAUCUUGAUGCGGAGGGAGGGGGAGGUCAUCCCCCGAUUCGGAGCCCGGACCAGGACCUCCGCGCGGGUCUACGUGAGGCCGUCGCCGCGCCAAAUCAUGACACUUGUCGUGUCGGCGUAG